AUGGAAUUUGCCCCUAGUCAAUUGGAUAUCAACGAAAUAUUUGAUCUAAGUUCAGAAGGUGUUAAUAAAACCAAAGAAGUUGUUGUACCGCCUGUUAAGGAGGAAAAUCCAGAAGUUCUGAUAGCUCGUAAAUAUCAGAUAGAGCUCUACGAGAAAGCAAAGAAUGAUAAUGUUAUUGCAGUUUUGGAUACCGGCAGUGGGAAGACUUUUAUCGCCGUAAUGCUGAUAAAAGAAAUAACCGCAGAGGAGAGAUACUUGAGAACGAUUCGAAGAGAGACUAAACUCACAUUUUUUCUUGUGAAUCUUGUUCCGCUGGUUUUUCAACAAGCUAAUGUGAUCAAAACAAAUUGUGAUGUCAGAGUUAAACAUUUUUGUGGUGAAAUGGGCGUUGAUCUUUGGAGCGAGAAGCAAUGGAAAGAAUAUUUUGAGAAUAAUGACGUACUUGUCAUGACGGCACAAAUAUUUUUGAAUGUUUUACGGCACGGAUUUAUCUCCUUAUCACAAGUCAAUCUGUUGGUUUUUGACGAAUGUCAUCAUACUUCCAAGAAACACCCUUAUAACUUGAUCAUGAGAGAAUUUUACGAUCGCUGUCCUGAAGAAAACAGACCAAAGAUUUUCGGCAUGACGGCAUCCCCGGUGAAUACUCGGAGUGAAAUUCAUUCUGCUAGUCAUCUCGAGCAUAGUUUAAACGCCAGAGUAUUUACGGCAAGUGACACAGAGGAGCUCCGAAAAUAUGUAAAUCGACCAGAAGAAAUAUCUAUCAAAUAUGACCCCGCUCCUCCAUACGAAGAUACAUUGUUAUAUAAUACGCUUUCAAGGGAAUGCAUAGCUGUAGAAAGAUUUAAGCGAGCAUUUUUGAGUGCACAAGAGGCGCUUCGGACUCUUGGACCGUGGUGUUCUGACAAUAUUUGGAAAUAUAUGCUGGAAGAAAUGGAAAAAAAGAAUGAAGGCAAAUUGGAUCCAGAUGAGUAUGACCUGGAUCUGCUCGAAGAGGAAAAAAAAUUGUUGCAAAAGGCUAUAAAUAUUGUUGGGAGUUGGGUUUUUAGAGCUCCAGAAUGUAACAUAGAAAUGUUAUCACCCAAAGUGAUACAGUUAAUCAGAAUCUUGGAUUGUUUCAAGGAAACGUCUGAAAACUUUUGCGGAAUUGUCUUUGUCGAGCGUCGACACACUGCUAACGUAUUGCAUCAAUUAAUCAAAGAAACCGUCAGCCUCAAAUUCAUCAUUCCUGGCGUUUUGGUUGGUCACGGUACCGCUGAGGAAGGUGAUUUACAAAUGAAAUACAAAGAACAAAAUAAGAUUAUUAAUAGUUUUCGUGACGGCAAAAUAAAUUUACUGAUUGCUACGAAUGUUGCCGAAGAAGGUUUAGACAUUCAGCCAUGUAAUGUUGUUAUCCGGUUCGACUUUUUUAAUACCUUGCGAGCCUACAUUCAAUCCCGAGGCCGGGCUCGUCGUAAAGAUUCAAAGUACAUAGUGAUGAUUGAAAAAGGAAAUCUCAGGGAACAGGGUAUACUCGUAGAAAUGCAGGAAGCGGAGGAGAGGAUGAAGAAGUGUCACGACUCGGCGGUUUCUUUAAUUUACUAUUAUUGUUCUAAACUUCAUCGGGGAGACGGAUAUGGUCAUUUUCAACCGGAAUUUAAAGUUGAGCGGAAUAUCGAAGGUUACAUUUGUUCUUUGAUGUUGCCAAGCAACGCACCUGUCAGGGAGGUGACGGGCGAUAUAUCGAGUAGUCGAAAUAAGGCUAAGAAAUCAGCGGCAUUUAAGGCAUGCGCGCAAUUAUAUGAUAAAAAGGAGUUGGACAAUCAUCUACUGCCGGUCGUCGAAUAUAUAGAAGAGGAUCAUGAAAUGAAAAAACCAGUUAAGGACGAACAUGGUUUGGUCGAAGGAGCUCGAAAAUCUAGGAGAGAAUAUCCUCUCAAAGCUCCCGAUCUGUGGAAAAUUGACGAGGAUCAACAGAAGAUUCCGGAAAAACUGUAUGGCACCGUACUCAAGUUAGAUUUUGAAGAUGAGACGUUUGAUGGGCAGUCUUAUCGUACUUUCUGUUUCUUAACGCGUACACAAUUUCCUGAGGUUCCGCCUAUUACAUUAUAUUUCCACGGUGUUCCCAAAACUCUAAAAGUGAUUCCUUAUUCCACACCAAUUGCUAUCAGUGCGGAAAGAUUGGAAAUGGCAUUCAAGUUCACCUUACGCGUAUUUACCUCUAUAGCUAACAAAGAGUUUAUAUGCAACAUUGAGAAUUUCUCGUACCUUAUUGCACCGCUUGUUCACAACGCACAGAUCAAUGAGCAUACACUUGAUUUUAUUGAUUGGGAAAAUAUUGAAAGGGGGGUCACUCAGAAGCAUAUACCAAUCGAUGUAAAUAGAAUAUACGAUCUUAACGAUGCGGUUAUAAUCGAUUAUGCGGAUAACUUGCGACGAUACUUUAUUCAUAAGAUUCGGCUUGAUUUAAAUCCGUUGUCCUCGGUGCCGAACGGGAUGGCAAUCCGUGAAGUCGGCUGUCAAAAUUUCGAAGAAUAUUAUAGAAAGAAUUACAAUGACCUUGAGCUUAAGCAUCCCGAUCAGCCACUGCUGGAGGUGCGCAAAAUUUCAAAGGUCAUGAAUUUCUUGCAACCUGUGCCGGGCGUCCUUCCGACCUUGAAAGGUCGAGUCGCAACCUUUGUGAUACCGGAGUUUUGCAAAGAAUUUUCAAUUCGAGCUUCGAUCUUUCGAUCAGCUCUCAUGCUGCCAGCUAUUUUCACACGGAUAGAUUCACAAUUAUUGACUAUAGAUUUAAGGCAACGACUUGAGUUGCCAGUGAAUGAUGACUUACUUUUGGAGGCGUUGACAACACCUUCGGCAAACAUGGAGAUGAAUUACGAACGUCUCGAAACAUUGGGUGAUUCAGUCCUAAAAUUUUUCGUCACAAUCAGGUUGUAUGUCAUGUUCCCAGAUAAACACGAGGGCCAGUUACAUUGUCAACGAAUUCGUAUCAUCUGUAAUAGGGAGCUUUAUCGAUCCGCGAAAAGAUUGCAUCUUUUUGAACACGUCACGUCACUGCCAUUUAAUCGCCGGGCGUGGCGGCCAGCAAACAUGUUGACAACAGUCGACGACCCCGAGACAUUUGAAAAAGGAAAAGUUCAUGAGUUAGCAGACAAGACACUCGCGGAUGUGGUCGAGGCUACAUUAGCGGCAGCUUACUUGAGUGGUGGAACCGAGGCAGCCUUAAAAUGUUCUAUAGCGAUGGGUGUCCCGAUGGACGACAUCACGGAAUGGAAUCAUUUCCAUCUUAACAAUAGAAAUCCACCGCGGGUUAGCGCAAAGACGCUUAGGAAGCUUAACAUUGAAAAGAUCGAGAGUAUUUGCGGGUAUACGUUUAAAAACAAAAUUCUAAUCGCCGAAGCGUUAACUCACGCUAGCCUUCCCAAUUCAACAACUGCUUGCUACCAACGUCUUGAAUUUCUAGGCGACGCAGUAUUAGAUUUUCUGACGGUCAAAUACUUGUUUGAAAAAUACCCGGAUGGAACACCUGGAAUGUUGACAGAUCUGAAAGACUCGUCGGUUAAUAAUCAAAUCCUUGGUGCAAUUUGUGAAAGGAUAGGUCUCCACAAACACAUCAUCCACUUUUCACCAAAAUUAAUGUCGUCGAUAACAGAGUUUGUGAAUGUGAUCGAGGAAAUCAAGGAGAGAGGAGAAGCUGUGGGAGAGUAUUGGAGCGACACAAGUGUUCCCAAAGUGAUGAGCGAUGUUGUCGAGAGUAUGUUGGGUGCGGUUAUCGUCGAUGCCGAGUUUGAUCCCGAAGCUUCACAGAGGGUAUUCGACAAGUGGGUGAGGCCAGUUUUGGACGAGUUUGUCACUCCAGAAACUGUGAAAGUUCACCCGAUGAAGAGAUUUACCGAGUUCAUGCAAAAGCGAGGAUGUGAUAAUUUUCUUUUUAGGAAUCUUACUUCCGAAGGACCAGAUAGUCCUCAGAAAUGUGUAUUAUUCAUCCACGAUUCGUCUGUGUCUCAUGCGAUUUCCGAUAACAUUCGAUCGGCGAGGAAGAUGGCCGCUCAAGAGGUUUUAGAAAAGAUCGAUUCUCAACCCGAAUUUCUUGAAUCAGUGUGCAGUUGUGCAGUAUUUCCAAAAGACACUUCAUUGUUUGAUGACGACGAUGAAGAAGUGCUGUUGGAUUGA